AUGGAGACACCCCUGCCCUUUGGCUGGAAGCCCCUCCACAUCGACUGCUACGACGACACGACGGAUCUGGACGAGCACGUCGACUUAUACGUCACACAGGUAAACCUUUACACUAACGACGAUGUUGUUCUGUGUAGGGUUUUUCUGACCUCGCUCAAGGGGGCUGCAUUGAACUGGUACACCCAGUUACCCGCCAAAUCAAUCGACAGCUUCGACACCAUGGUUAGGCGAUUCACGGCGCAGUAUGCCACGAGUCGACCUCACCACGUCACCUCUGCCACCUUGGCCAGUCUCUGGCAGGGCGACGACGAGCCACUGAGGGCGUUCAUGGAACGCUUCGCCAGCAUCUCGGUCAAGAUUCGAAACCUGAAUCCCGAAGUUGCCCUGCAUGCCAUGCUCAUGGCGCUCAAGUCGGGACCUUUUGUGGACAGCCUAUGCCGCCGAGCUCCCGCCGAUAUGGAUGAACUCCGUGCCCGAGCGGCAGGGGACAUAUAG